AAGUAACUCCGUAAGCCGCGCUUGUUGCAAUCCCAGUUCAUUCGAUGUUUUGUUUGCAAAGUGUGAACGUAAAUUAUACAAAAUCGGUCGAAAUUACUAUUGUGCGAGUUUUAUUGAAAUCGGCGGUAUGAAAUAUUGUGCGCCUUUUAAUAAGUGUUUAUUUUGGAAAAUGUGAAACAGUUACUAAAUUAUUGAAAGUUUUGUGUCAUAAAUUUGUGAACGGAAAAUAUAUUUAGUGCGAUAAUUCACAAGUGUCAGUGGAGCAGUGUAAUAUGAAGCGGAGGAAUUUACUGCUGAAGCUGUGCGCAUUGCUGACAACGCUGUCAUGGCAACUGACAGCUUGUUCAGUAGUACAUGCGGACCAUUCACCUGUCCAAGAUGAUCUCGAUGCUGCGUUAGCGGACAGUUUCUCUAAAGGAUUAGCUAACAGCACUGAUUUAGUGCGUGCCGUACGGGAAUCUAUAAGACAACAUGAACUCCUGCAGCAACGUAAUAAACAUCGCAGAUCGAAGCGUGCAAUCAAACGCGUUUGUUAUGGCGAACUCGGCUGUUUUGAGGACUCCGGACCGUUUGCUUAUUUGGAAAUGCUGCCCUCGCCGCCGCAAGAUAUCAACACCAAAUUCUAUUUUUACUCUACAAAAAAUCGUUCCGAACGUCCACUCAUGGAGUUGCCGUUUUUGAAUAUGACUGACGCUUUUGCCAAAGUCGCACGAUCUUCGCAUUCUAUACGACGCAGAGCCGGUUCAGUAAGUGAUACAGAUGCAAAUAGUUCCACCACAACGACUACGACGACAACCACCACCACGACACAGCGUAGCGUCUUUAAAAGUACGCCACUGACGCUCGACGAAUUGCAUGGUUUCGAUGAAUUGUCGGUACGCGUGAUCGUGCACGGUUUCGGUUCGGCUUGUCCGCAUGUGUGGAUCUACGAAAUGAAAACGGCGUUGAUGGCGGUGGAAGAUUGUAUUGUUAUCUGCGUGGACUGGGAGAACGGUGCGACUUUCCCGAAUUACGUGCGUGCUGCAGCCAAUACACGUCUUGUGGGCAAACAACUGGCCAUGCUUUUGCAGAAUCUGAAGCAGUACAAGGGUCUCAACUUAACGCGCACGCAUAUAAUCGGUUUCAGUUUGGGGGCACAUGUGUCUGGCUUCGCUGGCGCUGAAUUGCCAGGUUUGGCUCGCAUUACGGGUUUGGAUCCAGCCGGUCCACUGUUCGAGGCACAACAUCCCAAAGUGCGUUUGGAUAAUUCGGAUGCGGACUUUGUGGACGUUAUACACUCGAACGGUGAGAACUUAAUACUUGGUGGACUCGGCUCGUGGCAGCCAAUGGGACAUGUGGAUUUCUACCCGAAUGGUGGACGUGUACAAACGGGCUGCUCAAAUUUAUUUGUGGGCGCCGUAACGGAUUUCAUUUGGUCUGCACAAACUGCCGAUGAGGAGGAGGGUCGUUCACUCUGUAAUCAUCGACGUGCCUAUAAGUUCUUCAUUGACUCAGUCGCUCCGCGCUGCAUGUUUCCAGCUUAUCCGUGCAAUAGCUAUGAUGACUUUAUCAAAGGCGAUUGCUUCCCCUGCGCUCAAAAUGACGAUGACGUUGCUGAAGGUGUACCAAGAUGCGGCAACAUGGGCUACUACGCUGAUAGGUCCACUGGCCGUGGACAACUGUACCUACUAACAAGAGAAGAGGAACCAUUCUGUGCGCAUCAAUUCAAGCUGGAAAUAUUCAAUUCCUUCAAUGAUUUGCCGCUACGCACUAUCGGACGCUUGGAGGCGACGCUUGAAGGCGAAGGUGGAUUAAACGAAACCUUCAAAAUAUCGGAAAAAGACGACUCUGAAUUCUUCGCUGGAGAUAUUGUUUCAAAAAUCAUUGUUCCACAUCCCGCCUUAGGUUUUCCAACCACACUUAGUUUACACUACAAAUCCUAUAGUGGUUGGUUGUCCAAGGGACUGCCGCACUGGGACAUUGAUAAGGUAGUUUUAACCGACAGCUUUGGACGCAGUCAUUCCCUCUGUAAACCAUCGACUAAGCUUUCAUCGGGUACACCUGUGCGUCUAAAGCUGCUUACUGGUAAUUGUGAAUUGGAGAACCAGGAAGAAUAUGGUACUUAUAAUGUGCCUACUACCUCGGUGCCGGACUCUAAUGGACAGGAGAGUGUAGACAAUUUGGAAACCGAUAGUAUAGAUGCCGCCAAACAAAGUAAAGACUAUUUCAAUCUCGGUACUAGUUUCCGACUGGACCAAAAUAAUACAUAUUCUGACAACGAUUUACCCUGGCAACCUAUAUUCGAAGGUACUAAUUCGCUAGACAAAGAAGUUGGUGAAUCUAGUCGCAGUUUAUCCGUCGAACCAACUGAAAUUUUCGAACCCGUUUUGAACGACCGCCGCUUGGGGCUUAAGAAUGCACGUAACCUGCAGGAAUAUGGUGUAACCACGGAAGAGAUAGUUGAGCCCGUUUUAAAGGCGACUACACCACGUGUGAAGAAGGCAAAGGAGAUUGUCUUCACAGACUCGCCGCUGGACACAAAGAAACCGGAAAUUAUUAAAAUUACACCGAUCACUGUGCGCAAUGGACCCGAGCUAUCGAAGCAGAACUCACAGGAGGAAGUCAUUACUGUGCAAUUGCUGCCCUUCCGUCUCGGAGAUUUACUACAACGUGCAGAGCGUUACGCACGCGAAACGCUCCUACCGUUGAUCUCUGUGCAAGCGCCGAAAUUCUUUGGCUUCAAUGUAGGCGGCUCACCAGCAAGUAGUACUGAACAGCCAGCUACCCUUAAGGAAGAACCCCGUAAACCACGCUAUAUACCACGUUUUGAGGAGGCGUCCUUUUUGCGUGACAAACGUGUCGAGGAAAAUCGCCCUGUUCACAAACCGGUUUCAGAUUUCGCAGUAUCUGAGUCCCGAACGCAGCGUAAUAUUUUCAAACUCUUAAGACCGGAUAAUCUGGAAAAAGCAACGACUAGUAUUGACAGUAGUGUUGAUCGCUCGGGUCAAAAGCGUGCGCUUAGCUAUUACACCAAUAUGAUGCUCUCUGAAUCGCGGGCAUUACGGCCGGAAGAUCCCAGUUAUGAGCCAGUAUUCAUAGAGUUACCCACCUAUAGGCCAGGAAAAGCGACGAACCAAAAGUCGGUUGAACGAAAACCCUGAAACUACAUAAUUGUAUUGGUUACCGAAAACAGUGUGGGUUAAACACUAUUCGAAUUGUGUAGAACCGCGUGAUAAGUCAAAUGCUGUAGACGCUCACCUCGUCAUUACCACUUUCUUUUGAAACAAAACAAAAAUUAAAAACGAAUUUGUCAAAUGCUUCGCCAUAAAGCUUGGCCGCUUUACUGAAGCUGCAAUUAGCCCUCGGUCUAACCAAAAAGAAGUAUAACUAAAUAAAUUGUAUAGAUAAUAAAAAUAAAUAUUAUUGUGAUCGCCAUUUACGUGCAACCAUGUGAGUCGCCACUAAUUGGCUGGUUUUAGAAUUUCCUUCCAUUCGCGUCCAACUUUAUAAAAUUAUUUAUAUUUAAUAUUAUCUCUUUAGAGAAUAUUUAAAUUGAAUUUUCUGUAAAUAUUUCUAACCCUAUCACUGUUUUCCACUUACUCUAAUUGCCUAUGUAUAUAAUUUCGAAUAUAAGUAAAAAAUGCUUAGUUAAGAAAAAAUGAUUCCUGGCUCCUGCGAGUGUCGUUCGCUUCAUUGCUUGGAGCCAAGGUCUUGUUGUUUGGAAUGUGUUAGGGCGUAGGUUAUAAUUUAUAUUAAGUACAUACAUAUAUUUUAU